CUGCCCUCGUCAAGCACGAUGGCACCACCCACAACAACUCCACCAGUGUUCCACGUCAGCACACGGCACAGUGCCAGGCGACAGAACGCAGACAAGGAAGCGAAGAGGCAGGAAGGAUUGGAUCAUCAAGCAACAUCGCCGUUGAAUGUAGCGACCGGGGGUGUUUCAGACGAAUCGUCGGCACCAGAAAACCAACGAGACGCCGCGCCAACGAAAGCGUCCAAGCGGGCUCGGGUAUCUGGCGAAGAGAACGAAGAUGGCGAGGGGAAACAUCCUCCGAUCCGUAAAGCAUCCAUGAAUUCCACGCGGGUCGACCUCAUCUUGGGAAAGUACUUGGUGGGCGACGCCAACAUCAUGUGCAUGGAGAUUUUGCAACAAAUGAACGACAAUGCCGAGUCGUCGAGAGCCAUGGCUGCGUCGAGACCACCAGUGUCCAUCAACUGGUUGGAAGUGUCGGCCAACUUGCAGUACAAACACCACCUUCAUCUGAAACCCCGGUGGGUCCUUUGGUUUCUCUGGAGUCGCCACGUCAUAUUACUGUGUAGGGAAUGCCAAGACUUGUGGAAAUAUUUAGCCUACGACCACCCACCCUCUGUCGGGACGGACUUGUCGGCGCCGGACCUUCCCGUCGUCGAGGACCAAGUCGCCGCAGACUCGGACGUGGAAGAUUUCAACGCUACCGCCGAGUUUCUGGCCGAAAAACGAACCCGUACAAUACACAAAGCGGCGGAAUCAGCAGCCGACCCAUCUCGUUCUACCGUGCAAGAUGGCACGACUGCCCCGGAAGACAACCCGUCGACAACCCCAGCGUCCGUCGGUGACCCCUCGGAGCUCGGCUUGUUUCCGUCGUUUGACCCUUCUGGGUUUCUCCACUCGGACGCGGAGCUAGACAUGUCGACGUACGUCCCGCUGCACGCUGUGGCCGAACAAUUCAUGAGGCGCCGCGAGCCGCCUCUUUCGCUGCCCCACAAGCUACCACAGCAGUAUCACCCACCCAUCCGGAUGCAGCAAGCGUCCGCGGCGGGGGCUGGAGCGAAGCCGACGACACCACAAUCGAGUAGCAACAGUUCGAUGGUCCGCGCGCCGCCGCCCCAGCCGACCCCUUCCACAUCUCCAUUUGACAUCUUCAAACGCAUGUACACGGACCGGUCCGGCCUCGACGACAUGAGCCUGAACAUGCUCUUCGAACAGUCGCCGCUCGAGGUGCGCACGCGAUGCCACCAGCUGGCCGCCCAAGACCUCGAACGGUACCAAAAGGAAUGUCUGCGGCAAAGGCUGUAUGAGAAAUCCGUUCGAGGGUUGCAUACCCCUCCAAACACUCCUCCUCGGGCCAAUGCUGUCGUUCGGUCUGACAUCAUGUAAAAAGGGAUACUACUAGUAGUACUACUACAAUACCUCAUGUGCUUAGGUAUUCUCUUAAAUCAGUACUAUGUACUACAC